AUGGGUGUGGGUGUUCUCACGGCUGCGCUUUCGCUCUGCCCACUGGGGUCUGAGCCGGUGCCGUCAGAGGCUUCGCAGUUGCGGAGUCGACUCGGGGACGGAGGUUUCCGCGAGUUCCUCCACUGCCAGCAUUCCGAUGUCUUCCAGGAGUUUUUCCAGCUGGUGUCUCGAAAGCGAUUCGAAGAGGUGGAAGUUUUCCAAUUCGCCUUGGAUCUGCACAACAAGCUUGAUCUGUCCCAGCCGGGUUCGGAGGACUUCCGGGAAGAGCUGCCUUGGCACACCACGAUUCAGAUCUCCCGGGGCGUGGAUGACUGGAUGACGCGGCAGGUCAUGCUGCUAGCGCAUCUCUUCGGCGUGGACCCUUCCAUCUCCGAGGUCAGCAGUUUCUCCGAAUUCCUCGAGCAGCACGGCACAGCAGGUGCCUGGCAGCCUCUCGACUGUCCUUAUGGCUUUCUCCUCUUGGAGUAUGCUAUCUUGACUGGUUUCCAGCUGAUGGGUCAAGACGACCUGCGGGAUCAGGCCACCAGCGCCAUUGCCGCCAGCAUCGAGGUUCUCUUGCAUGCACCCUACUACACCUAUGACUUUCUGGAGAGCUCCCUGUGGAACAUCUCCCUCUACGACAUGGCCGUCAAUUUGGACCAGCCGCACCACUACACCUCCUUCGAAGACUACGUGGCGCGGCGCCCCCUCCCGCCUCCGCGGCUUUGGCCGUGGCACGCGGAGGGUCAUUCGACGCGGCCGACUGGCGAGGGCCUCGCCUCCGCAGCAGCGCGGCUGCGAAGUGGCCUCAAGAUCGCCAUGCUCCAGCUCCACGACGGGACGGCUCUGGAGCUGUGGGCCAGUGCCGAGGCGGCGCUGAAAACCAUCGCGGGGCUCCAAAGUACGAGCUGGACCGCCGAGGCAGCGCUGGACCUGGAGCUGUACUUCACUCGGGUGAAGGCAAUCCAGGGCACAGACGCUGGCAACUGGCUCGCGGAACGGGUGCGCACGGAUUUCGCCACCCUGAAGCAGAUGAUCGCCGAGCUGAAAGAGGGGGCCACGAGCGUGGAGGAGGUCGGCGAGACCUGGCUCCCUUCCGUGGCCCCGGGGCUUUUCGAAGCCGACCUGGUCCUCUGCAGCGAGCCGCUGUGGCUGUGCCCUUUCGUGCGGCCGAGGCACGGAAGGACCAUGGUCGGGGUCCUUCACAUGGCUCUCCUGAACGAGUUCCCUGCAGCCGACGAUGCGAACUUGCGCGUCUUCUGGCGGGCCUUCAAGGACAUGAUGGAGGCCCAGAAGAUUUACCUCUCCAUCAGCUGCCGCAUCACCGCUGAGCAGGUGGCCUACCAAACCGGAUGGCGCCUGCCCUAUGUGCCGUUUGUUGGACUCGGGAUUCGAGCCAGGUACCGUCCCGCCGAAGCCCGCAAAGCCCUGCUCUUCCGGAACAACCGGCAGAAUAUGCUGACUUUCCGGAAGGCACUGCGGAUGUUCCUCGAGGAAGUCGCAACCGACAGCCCCGUGCAGGUGGUGGACAUGAACAGCGGCCCGCGCGUUUACACCUUUCAAGAGAUUGCGGCCUUCCACGCGGUCAUCUUUCUGCCCCAUGGCCCCAGUGCCCUGCGUCUCACGGACGUCUAUGCGGCAAACAUCCCGUCGCUGGUGCCCGAGGAGCCUAUGAGCCACAAGUUCAUCUGGAGCAGCCGCACCUUCGGAGGCUAUGAUGCUGAGAGACACUGCCUUUCUGUUGCGCCGCCAGAGUUUCGUCGUGGAGGUGCAGAGGAGCCGUUUGCUUAUCAUCCCACGAAUUACCUGCAGUCAUGGGCCAUUCACCGCUUCAUCGACGACCGUCGCUACUGGUAUCGUUAUACAGAGUGGGCCACACUACCCCAUCUCCUGCCCUUCGUCUCACUUCCCUCGCUCGUGGCGUCGCUUGGGGCCUUGACGCGUGAGCGAGGACUCGCGGUCUCGGCGCUAAUGGCGCAGCAUCAUGCGCUCAUGGUCGCCGAUGCCUUGAGCUGGUGGCGAGCAGCACUUGCUGAUGCGUUAGCGCAUGAUGAGCCGUGGGAAACAAUCAAGCUGCCGCACAGGUGGUUCCGGGGUCUUGUAUAA